AUGUUUGCGACUUUCCGCAAUGGUGCUCCGCCGUCCCUGGGAGCACAUCAGGCUCCUCUGGUCAAGCCCAAAAGAGCGCAGGUGUCACGAGCAUGUGAAGCAUGCAGAGCGGCCAGAACAAAGUGUGAUCAGGGCCGACCGUGUCAGCCAUGUCAAAAGUAUGGAAAAGCAUGCGUUGUGACCGCACGAAAGCCUCGAAGCGCGCAAAAGGCGAAGCCACCGAGUGCAUCACCGCCAACAAGUCGAAGUACAACCAUCGUGUCGACCUCAAAUUCAUCGGAGCAACUGUCGCCUGAGUAUGCAGCCCGAGCCAUCGCUAGUCAGCCAGAGCUCAAGGUAGCCGUGGACGGUCAAUUGUGCGGAUCCCUCUCACUGGAAUUCUUCAUACACCGUCUCUCACAGCAUCUCAACAGGGACACUCGCCUCCCGCCACCGCCCAUCUCCUUGCUUGACCCCCAUGACCCGAUGAACUCCACCGACGGGACGUCUUCCACGAAAGCACAGCAGGAUAGAUUUCUGGACCUGUUCUGGCCAACGUACCAUGUCAGCUUUCCCGCUCUCGAUGAGGCGUCCUUUCGAUCACUCUAUACGUCCCUUUGGCACGACUCGGAGACGAGGCGGGCUGAUCCACUGGUUGAUGUUGUCACGGCGCUGACCAUUCAAUACGCCUACUCGUAUCUCGGGCUAGGAAGCCCACGCCCGUCGACGCAGCCCGAUGCUGAGGUCUGCACGGCGGGGAGCGCAUUCUAUCACCGCUGCCAGACCGCCUUGCAGAGAGACAUGGAGAUGCCCAGUAUGAAGUCGGUGCAGUGUAUGUUCUACAGCGCCGUCUAUCUCUCCUUUGCCCGAUGCUACAAUGCAGCCCACACAACGAUCAAGACAGCCGGCCAGCUGCUUUGUGACAUAGCGGUCAGAAACGUCCAAGAUGCGGAGGUAGCCUAUCGACUCCAGGCGUGCAUCCGAAUACAAGACAUUAGGCUUUCAAUGCGACUCGGCAGGCCCCUUGCGCCAUCCACCCUCGCACUGCCCUGUCUGACUGAGGACCCUCGACCACCAUCGUCCGAGGCAGACUGGACACUCUACUACAAGUCACUCCUUGCGCUGUCCGAGACGGCCUCGACUGUAUACACGACCCUGGCAGAUCUCCUGACCACCAACGCGGCGCUCUAUCAUGAUUCUACCACCAGAAACCACCUGGCUACUCUCCUCACGCCCCAUCUCGCCCCUCUACAGACCGCCUGGCCCAAAUCCGUGCCCCUGAUUCUUCACGUCCCGCGAGCCACCCCCAGCGCGCCAUUCACCACAUCCCUCACGCCUCUGGACCUUUCCUCCUCCGUACCGAUAUGGCUCAUGCGUCAACGCCUCGCUCUCGAGGCACACUACCACGCCCUCUGUCUCUCCCCCCUCCGGACGCUGAUAUCGUACACGCCCACACCGUCCACGCCCUCCAUGGCCGCCGAAUCACUCUGUGACGCCUCCGUCGCGCACGCCGUGGCCCUAACGCACCUGAUCCACCAGGGUAUGAUCCACACCGACAUCUUCACGGGCUGCUACCAGGCCUUUGAGUGGCAGAUGGACGCCGUCUACGCCAUGGCCGCCUUUGCCAGCGCCUACCCGCUAUGUCCGUCUGCGCUGCGGGCGAGGGAGGGUCUGCGACUCGCAGGCGAGAUGUUCGUCAGGUACGGGGCCGGCAAUGGCGCGGCGAAGCGCAUGGGGAAACUGACGGAGGACUUGGAGCGGCAGGUUGGCGACAUUGUGGAUGGUUUCACGGCGGGCAUGCAGAUCACGCCUCCGCAGAGUGAGCGCAGCGGUGUCGCUGACACGCCGUGGGAUGGCAGUGUGUUGUCGCAAGGCUCCCCGUGGGCCACUGGCUCGACGCCGGUCGAUCCAGAGCUACUAUCGUCAUGGGCGGAGGAGUUUGAACUGGCAGCAGUGGGCGUAUGA